AUUAUGGUAAGAUAUUUUUAGAUAAAAAGAUCCAGUAAUUAGGGCAAACAUGCAUGUGCAGCUGACCUGCAAAGCAGGGGGAAUUCUCAGAGGUAGGGAAGGAAAGAUACUGAGUGCUCAGGUGAAAGACAACUGGGUCUGAUGCACAAACAGGCUGAGUGCCAUCAUCACUGACCAAAGAAGUGAAUUCUAAGGGGCGAUGGAAAUCAUGAGAGAACGAAAACAGCUUAAAGAGGCUCAUCUACAGCAGAGAGGGAGCACGGAUUAUGUAACUGAGACUUCAGAUAGAGCCAAGGAGCUAAAUCAGAGAUAUUCCAGAACAAGGGAAGUAAGCUGCCAAGACUGAGGUAAAGCAAAAAGAAAUGCCUCACAGUAAACACGAUGAAUAUACAGCAAACAAGCAGGACAUUGCUUACACAGAGAUAAAGAUGACUAAGUCUCCACAGAAGCAAAGAAUACCUAAAGCUGAGAAGAGGCCAAUAUUGCUAAGUGAAGAGCAGGUAAACUAUGCAGAACUGACAUUCCACAGAAUGCCUGAGCUCCUGCCCCAAAAACGGGUUGUCGGAGGAGAAAGACAAGCAACUGUAUGGAGAAUGGUAACGGGCAUCCUUGGAGCCUUGUGUGUGGUGCUGAUGACAGUCGUGGGGAUCUUACUUCCAAAAUUAUUUUCUAGCCAAGAACAAAGCAGAAAAAUCUUGCUUCAUCCUCUUCUGUGUCCUAAGGAGAAUAACAGUUCCUGUGAUCUUUGUUCACAUGACUGGAUUGCUUUUGGAAACAAUUUCUAUCGUGGUUUUCAAGGAAUCAAAAGCUGGGUAGACAGUCAGUCUGCAUGUAAGGAACUGAAUUCUCAUCUUCUGGAGAUUGACUCCAAAGCAGAGCUGGAAAACAUGCUAUUAUUUGAAUUUGAUGGGUGGAUUCUCCUCAAAAUAGAUGAAACCGAGGUGUCCUGGCAAUGGGAAAAUGCCACUAAAACAGAGCAAACUCGAAUUAAUGAUUCAGAAAAGAACCAUAGUUGUCAUUAUCUGAAAGGAACGCAAAUUUAUUCUGUUGACUGUUCAUCUAAGAAACCAUAUACCUGUGAGUUUAAAAUGCUCUGACACAUGUUUCACUAGCACAAUUUUUAUUAAACUAUAAAUAAAAUAGUAUGUCUGUUAUUUGUUGGUUCUAUAAUUUUUAUACUUGAGUUUAGCUAGAAGGCUGAAAAGGGAUAAUUUUUUAAGUUUUGAACUUUUUUUUACUGAAUUGAGAACAUGUAGUUUAAUGUUUUUUACUUUCUGUAUUGUAUUGAGAGAGUGUAUAAUUUAUCUUGAGGAUGAUCACCUCUCUAGUACAA